ACUCUAUUUAUUUACACAUCCGGGGACUUGGCCGCGCUUGCUCGGCUCGUCUGGUGCGUUCAGGUCACAUGGGAAAUAAUUACAUUGUUAAAUCAAGCGGGGGAGAGAUCAACAUUUUUCACAAAUUAAUUUUUAACGACUCUUUAUUUGUGCAAUUAAACACUCUGUAAAAGUUCUGACUGCGCAUUUGGUCUGUUGAUGGCACCGCGAGUUGAUGACGUCAUCUUCCUGUUGACGUGUGCGUAUUAUUAUCGUGGGGUUUUGUUUUAUCACUUCGGAAUUGUUGACGUUGCUUUUCUUCCUUCAAGUCGUGAGUUAUGUUACUGUUCAUAUUAACUUGAAGUCAAAUAUGUCUUUGUUCAGAGUGUGGGGUCAUCAGGAAGUGAUUGUUUUCAAUCACUUCUAAUGUUGACAUGUGCGGCACAAAGGGCUUACAGGUGAAGUUAAAGGCACAAAAACAAGCCGCAUCGACCGACGUGACACUUUAUAGUCCUCCAUGCGCAUCAAAUCUCCCACAAUUAGCCUUUUCCAGACACAAAAACAACAAUCACUCGCUCUUCCCAGCUUUCACGCGGGACGUGAAGGCAGCAUCGUUCUGAUUGGCCGAUGCGGCUCUCAAUCACGCCCCCGCGUAUGACGUUUCCGAGCCAAAGCAGGCGGGCCAGUGCGAGACACAAAAGACACAACAAAAGCUCGCGUGGGGGAGAAAAUGCCAGCCGUCCGCGGCCAAACGCUUCGCCACCGACACGUGGAGCAGGGCCGGACUCGAACCUGCUGACGUGACUGUCGAGAAGAAAAGCUCGUCGUCCUUUCAUCGCGAGACGUUCAGGUGUGAUUUCCCUGCGUGUCGUGGGUGUGGAUCUGCCACACGAGACCCUCCACUACAACAUUCCUUGCGUGUCGUGGGUGUGGAUCUGCCACACGAGACCCUCCACUACAACGACGGCUUUUGCGUGCAUCUUCCAGUGUUUGCUGUGUCAGCAAGUCCCGCCCAGCCAGGAGCUCCGCCCCUCGGACAUGGUGAAGAUGACCAAGUCCAAGACCUUCCAGGCCUACCUGCCCAGCUGCCACCGCACCUACAGCUGCAUCCACUGUCGCGCUCACCUGGCCAACCAUGACGAGCUCAUCUCCAAGUCUUUUCAAGGCAGCCAAGGCAGAGCUUACCUCUUUAAUUCUGUGGUGAACGUGGGCUGUGGGCCGGCGGAGGAGCGGGUUCUCCUCACGGGUUUACAUGCCGUGGCCGACAUCUACUGUGAAAACUGCAAAACCACGCUGGGCUGGAAAUACGAGCACGCCUUCGAGAGCAGCCAGAAGUACAAGGAGGGCAAGUUCAUCAUCGAGCUGGCUCACAUGAUCAAAGACAACGGAUGGGAGUGACCACGACCCCUCAAGCCCCGCCCCUUCACAUCACGCCCCCACAAACGGCACGAGUCGUCACGUCCUCCUCGGCGAUGGAGCGUCUGGGUUUGACUCCGCCUGACCCCUCCCACUGGAGCGUGCCUAGAAGUGAGAGUGGCACCAUGGCAACAACGGGGAGGACCACGGCCUUCUGUGCCCGCCCCGCUAAACGGUUAGCAUGGACUUCCUGUCGGCGUUUGUUUGUUUUUACAUCUCCUAAUGUGUCAAUAUUUUCUUUUUAUUUGGACUUUUCUCUGACACGUCAACAUCCACAUCUUGAAUAUGAAAAUUAUGUAUAUAUAUAUAUAUAUAUAUAUAUCGAUCGGUAUUGCGACCCCGAAAGGGACAAGCGGUAGAAAAUGGAUGAAUGGAUAUAUAUAUAUAUAUAGAUAUGUAUGUGUACAUAUUUAUAGAUAAAUAUACACAUAUUUAUAUAUGUAUAUGUACACGUACAUAUUUAUAUAUAAAUGUACACAUUUAUAUAUGUAUAUAUACAUAUUUAUAUAUGUG